AUGGAGAACGACACAGUGGCUUCCAGCCAGGAUGGCGAUGCGCCCCGCCGAUCUGGACGCGUCGUCAAAGUUCCCGAGAAGUGGGAGCCAGAGGCGUCCGCACACCCGGCUUCAACCAAGCGCAAACGCGGCGGCGAGGGCGAGGAGGGAGACGACGAUCUCGAAUCCGACGAACACGAAAGCGGCGAGGAUGACGACCACGGCGACGAGGACCAUCCCGCUCCCCGGUCGCGACGAGCUGGUGGCGCCGGCCGCCAAAAGAAACCCUCUCUUAAGAAGCCCAAGACCAAUGGCGCCGGCGGCCACACAGCGCGUAUUCCCAGCAGGCCAAAGAAGACUGUCCGAAUUGAAGCAGGAACCAAGGGAACGGGUCUGUUCGUGGACAUUUUCGGCUCCGGAGAGCCUUCACAAACCGUCGCCCACCAAUGGCUCGAAAGAUACAAGGCAGACAAUGCUGCUGCUCUGAGUGACCUAGUCAACUGUAUUCUGCAAUGCGCUGGCUGCGACCUCGAAGUCACGCCUGACGACAUUCGCGACCCCGAAAAUAUCCCCAAUAGACUUGUCGACCUUCAAGGCAUCUAUCAAGAGCAAAAUAUUCUCGAAUACCCUCUCAUUUCGCGAGCCAAAGGUACACGAUCGUUCCGGGACCUUCUCGUCACCUUCUUCCACGCUCUUAUCGCCCUGCUUCACGACACGGAUCUCAUGUACCAGGACACAGAACUGAUGGAAAACCUUCAUGCUUGGCUGGCCAGUAUGUCCUCAUCCUCACUGCGACCGUUUCGCCACACCGCCACAACCAUCGCAUUGGCGGCCCAGACCGGACUUGUCGAUGUAGCCGGUACACUCGAUCGUCGCAUUGCCAACAUCGAGCAACAGCUACAAGCCGCUAAGCGCGGUAAGAACAAGAUCAAGACUGCGGAAGUGCAGCGCAACUUGGAGGAGGCAAAUAGCCACCGAAGCCUUUGCAGUGAAGCUAUUCAGUCGUAUUUCGAUACCGUUUUUGUACAUCGCUACCGUGAUGUUGACCCCAAAAUCCGCACUGAAUGCGUUGAGGCCCUUGGUUCCUGGAUCUGGGACCUUCCUACCGUCUUCAUGGAGCCUGGAUACCUCCGCUAUCUGGGAUGGAUGUUGUCCGAUGUCAACGCUCCCACUCGACUCGAAGUUUUGCGUCAGCUGUGGAAGGUCUUCAAGCGCAGCGCCCAACAGCUUAUCCACUUCAUCGAUCGAUUUCGGCCGCGACUGAUUGAAAUAGCCACGCUUGACUCCGAAAUUUCCGUACGAGUUACUGCCAUCUCGGUCAUUGACACACUGCGCGCCGCCGCUCUUCUCGAACCUAGUGAGAUUGACGCCAUUGGCAGGCUCAUUUUCGACAAUGAAAUCAGAAUACGCAAGGCUGUCGUGAAUUUCUUUGGUGCUUGCGUUGAAGAUGUGAAGGAAGGCAAGAUGGAAGAGCUUGGUGGCCAAGAUGCCCUGGACGAGAUUGAUGUUGGCGAUGAGGAAGAUUUUGAAUCACCACGCAAAGAGUGGCUGGACAUCAAGUGCCUCGCCGAAACCUUAGCCAUCUACAAUGCACAGGUUGAUGAGGCGCAGCAGAAUAAUGGCUCCAUUGGCACCGAAGUUUCCUUGGAUCUCAUUGAGUCUGUUGUACCUGAGACGAGGAUAACACUUGCUGCGCAGGCCCUUUACGAGAAGAUACCCGAAAUCAAGUCCUGGGAGAUUCUGGCUGGAUAUCUUCUCUUUGAUCACUCGACGAGCACAAAGUCGCGUAGCAAAGCCAAGGGCAAGAGCGCGUCUCCAGAGGCUGCUUUCAAGAAAGCCAUUGCGCCACUGAGGGAAGAAGAAUCCAUUCUUCUCGAAGUUCUCAGCUCUGGGAUCAGAUCUUCCCUUACACAUUCUGGAGGUGACGUUGAUCGCAGCCGACGGAGAGGGAAUCGUGAAGCUGCUGAUGCUCAAGAGGACAUUGCAAUUGAACUUGCCAGUAUUAUUCCGAAACUUCUUAGCAAGUUUGGCGCCGAGCCUGAAACGGCUGCCAUCGUCUUGCGUUUGGAGCACAACCUCGAUCUCGACGUUUUCCAGCAGCUCCGCCAAGACUCGAGCAAAUAUGGAAGACUACUGGACGAAAUAAGCACACAAUUCAUUAGACACGACGAUAAGAGAGUCUUGUCAGAAGCUGCUACUGCGUUGCUCCAUGCCCGUCAAUAUGACGAACUGGAAGAGCUCACAGAUAGCAAGCUGUCACUUUUGUGGGACAAUGUUAUUGACGCGCUGCGCAAUGUGAGCAAUACGUGCGAACUCUCUGUUCGCGGAAAUCUCGCGGCAGCGCCUCUUCACCAAUUAUCAACGCUGUUGAUGAAGAUUAGCAAGCUGGCUAGUAUUGCGGAUUGCGUGGAUAUCUUGGAAGCUGAGCCGAGGUCUACGAAUGCGGACUCAUCAGCGAUCCAGACCCUCAUCAACAUUGUCCAUCGCGGUAAAUACGAGCCACAGGAGGACGAGAUUGAUGAUCUGGAGGAUGAGAUUGUGACGCUCGCGAUCAAGGCCUGUCAAUUUUAUUUCAUGUGGAAAAUUCGCUCUCUAUCAAAGCGACUGGCAGCUGGUGUCAGUAUUCCCGACGCUGAGAUUGACCGUUGCUCUGUACUUCGCCAAUCCUACCGCCGUCACGUCAUUGAGACGUUCUCGUCUCGCGCUGCCAUCGAUCAAUUGCGUCUCUUUGCGACUGGCAGCCUCUGCGACCUGCAUCUAUCUUUUGCCACACUUCGGCCCAGGAUCAAUGCGCUCCGAAGCUCUGGCGAGCCAGCCCGCGCCGACAUGUUCAGAGUCCUCAUCCAGCAGAUAGAGCCUGGCCUCGUACCCGAACUGACGUCAAUCUUUGACGGCGCGGAAAAGCAAUUCGCCAAAAAGUCCAAGAAAGACAAGGUGCUCAACGAGCCAGCGGAGGACGAGGACCCCAUGUCCGACGAAGAAGAGGAUGAUGAUGAGGACGAUGAGGACGCCGAGCUCACCUCCGAGCAGCGCCUCGCCAACGAGCUACGGGCCGAAAAGUCACUCUGCGAGUUGACAGCCAAGUAUGUGCUCGCCAUCAGCGGCCGCCUCAUCGACGACCGCGGCGGGCUCGUGGACAAGCUGCGCCGCCGCCUGCUCCGCAAUCAAACCAAGCUCGGCAACAACUUCAAGGAGGUGGUGGCGUUUCUCGACGAGGACAAGAUGGCGCGCGCGGCGAGAAAGGCCGCGCCCAAGCCCAGCACCGCUCACAAGCCCGCUGAAAAGGAGACGACGCCGGCGGCGCAUGACCUUGACAACAUGUUUGAAGAGGAGCCCGAGCCUGAGGAGGGAUCGCGCGAGGACCUGCGCCGCAAGGGCCUGCUCGAGGACGAUCCGAUUGACGACGAUGACGACCAUGAUCACGGCCAACAAGAAAGCCGCUUCGAGGACGAUGUCCUAGGUGAUUAG